UGACGUCACUGCUGGAGCCGUAAUCCAUCCCACUGCUACUACAGGCACGCUACAGAAUAUACACACUACAGUCAGCGGUGCUGCGAGCACACGUAACCCCCAAGCCUAACCACACACACAUCACCACCAGGAAAAGUAUGUUCAGCCUCUCGCACAAAACUAAGGUGGAAAACAUGGUACUCUACAUCUGUUCUUAAAUGUCUGUAGCGCGUAACGUACGGUUUUACCUGUAGCCCAAGAUUUACCAAUACUAAACACGACAAUGUCACUAGCAAAAUGGCUCCUGAAGUGGAGACAAUAGAUGACAGCGACUCGAGUCUCCCUAGAACACGUUGCGGUAAAAGUUAGCGUAUGCCCCACUGCCCGCCUGCCUGGCGGAUACCGAGCUCCUGAUUUGCUGUGCCCGCGGAUCUUUCACAGCCGAGGACGCUGAUUGGCCGAGCAGAAGGCGCUCGGCGUCUGAUUGGCUGUGUUGUGGAGAGUGGGGAGAACUACUAGUGACUGAUGGUAUCCAUGGCGGAAGGGUAAGACAUGGAUGACCUGAACCUUCACUACCGAUUCCUCAAUUGGAGACGCCGUAUCCGGGAGAUCCGUGAGGUGCGAGCUGUGCGUUACCUGGAGAGGGCCAAGCACAUUAUGGUAGAUGGGGAUACCCUCAGCUACCACGGUAACUCGGGAGAAGUAGGCUGCUACGUAGCUCCGCGACCACUAAGUAAAGACAAUAACUACUUUGAGGUGUCUAUUGUGGAUCGUGGCGUACGAGGGACAAUUGCUGUGGGAUUAGUGCCACAAUAUUACAGUCUGGAUCAUCAGCCAGGGUGGCUGCCGGAUUCCGUGGCUUACCACGCGGAUGAUGGCAAGCUGUAUAAUGGGCGAGCAAAGGGACGGCAGUUCGGUACAAAGUGCAGUUCGGGAGAUCGGAUUGGUUGUGGCAUAGAACCCAGCUCUUUCCAUGUGCAGACUGCUCAGAUUUUCUUUACCAAGAACGGUAAACGGGUUGGCAGUACUGUGAUGCCCUUAUCUCCUGAUGGUCUAUUCCCAGCAGUGGGGAUGCACUCUCUAGGGGAGGAAGUGCGCCUUCAUUUAAAUGCAGAGCUUAGUGGCGAGGAUGAUGACAGCAUAAUGAUGGUGGACAGCUAUGAGGAUGAGUGGGGGAGACUACAUGAUGUCAGAGUGUCUGGCACGCUCCUAGAGUAUGUUGGGAAGGGUAAAAGCAUAAUAGAUGUGGGUCUAGCACAAGCUCGACGCUCCCUCAGCACCCGGAGUCAUUACUUUGAGGUGGAAAUUGUGGACCCCGGGGAGAAAUGCUAUAUAGCUUUAGGACUGGCAAGAAGGGAUUACCCAAAAAACAGACACCCGGGCUGGAGCCGCGGUUCUGUGGCUUAUCAUGCAGAUGAUGGAAAGAUAUUCCAUGGAAGCGGAGUUGGGGAUCCAUUUGGCCCACGCUGCUAUAAAGGAGAUAUCAUGGGCUGUGGUAUAAUGUUUCCGAGGGACUAUAUCCUGGACAGUGAAGGAGAAAGUGACGACAGUAGCGACAUGAAGGAGAUGAGGCUACAGCCCCGUGGGGUUAGGAAUGUUAUGUAUCUCCGGCGAGAGCAGCAGCAGGAUGAGGAUGGAGAAGAGGAAGAAGAGGAUGAAGAGGAGGACAUUGAGAGGGAUCACGAGGGCAGGAAAGUUGUGGUCUUCUUUACAAGGAAUGGAAAGAUCAUUGGAAAGAAGGAAUCCAUUCUGCCCCAGGGGGGAUUCUAUCCUACCAUAGGGAUGCUGAGCAGCGGAGAGAAAGUCAAAGUGGACCUGCACCCAUUGAGUGGGUGAAAGUGUGAUGGUGGCAAAAGCACACUGGAUUCAUUUGCCAUCUUUCCCAUACACCAACCCCCUGGUCAUGCACGAUUUGCACGUGGGCUUGUGAUAGUGCUUCUUUGUAUUUGGAAAUGUGUCUCAUUGGCCCUUGCUUGUUAAUAUGGGCUCUACAUCACUUCAUGCCUGGAAGUUCUGGCAUAGCAGGAGACAUAAUGGGACAGGAAACAAGAGGAUGUUGUGUUACUGAUCAGCUAUUGGUUCAGAAUGGCUGCCUUAUACCCACAGGGUGGUAACUCCAGCCCAGGGGAGAGCUGCUGAAAUGAAUGGGAUUCCUCUUUAGAGUUGCAUCACGUUACAAGGCUGACAUGGUGUUUAGUCCUGAGCUACGAUAUCAUUUUUGCUGUGGCACAAGUUUUGAAGCAGUCACACAUUGGUCCUGUGUGUCUCUUCAUUGGGUCAGCUAAGUGUCUACUGUGAUGGUGGAGACAGAGUAGUCUAAAUAUCAGCGUCAUGCAGCAAAGCAGUCCCGUGCAUGCAGGGAGGGGUCACACUAUUGGUGCAAUCUAUAUCUAUAUAAAUAAUAUUUAUAUGUUGAGCAGACCAUCAUCCUCCCAUGGCCUAAGGCAAUAUUCUCAUCUCCUCUUAAUACACAGGUGAACAAUCUGUAGUAUUUUGGAUGUUGGAGAAUGCAGCAGUGCUUUCCAUUCUGUAGUCACUACUGUGCAGAAUUACUGCAGGGCACAUUAAUAUAACCUUAUCAUGGCAAAUAUACACCCACUAUUCCCCGUAAGAACGUGUCCCUCUUCUCAUCAGCCAGCUUCGGAUGGAUCUGUUGUAGCACUUAUCUCUAUAUGCUUAUAGCUUUCUCUCUACAUGACAAGGAAUGCGUGUUGUCUGUUCUGAUACUAUUUAGUCAUUGUGAAAUUCUGUGUCCAUGUGUCGUCUUAUUUAUAUAUACAUAUAAUGUGGCACAUCUACCUCUAUUUCUGCUGCUGAUUCUCUAUACGUCGAUGUCCCGUCAGUAUCUCUCUGGUCGGCAUACAGUCCAUUCUCGGGAACGGUGUGUAAAAGUGCAAUUUGGGCACAACGCAAAAAUGAAAUGAUGCUAUAUCGUAGCUUUUCCCCAGACUUGUGAAGAGUAGAAGGCACUGAUAUACUAUUAUCAGGGCUAAGAUUGGUCGCCUAGCGUUCCAAGAUUUAAGGGUUACCCAGAGGACAAUGACUGACAUUACAGUACUCUUGCAGGGUGCUUACUUUUCUGCAGCUCCCCUACACAAGGCACAGGCUGCUGACACGGAGAGGCAGUAGCUAUGGGCCGUGUACCUAUGAAGCUGCUGCUCCCCCAUGUCUUUUAUGGGCAGGGACUGUGGAGCUGGGUUACAAUAAGGUAAGAAGCAACUGGGGUGGAGGAGGUGAUAGCCAGGUUCAGACACAAUACCUGAUGGAAUUACAUUGAAUUCUAAGUAUGUCUAGCUAAAGCCUUUUUCUUUUAAAUAAAUAAUGUUCAUUGGAACCAAACCAAAAAGAAAUACUAGAACGAAUGAGCGCUUUCUUGUACUAGAAUUUGAUAAGUUAUUUUAUACUUUUUUUUAUUUUUAUCCUGGAUACUGUCUGUUUUACUGUGGACUUAUUUGCAAUGCAUGCAUGCAUGCUCCCUCCUUUCAGGAGUCUGUCAGGCUAGCACAAGAUAUUCUUGGAAGAGUUCUCUGCAAGCCUUAGCAGCUUAUUAUUCACCAUGCUGUUCAGCGCAGCUGGACAGCCACAUACAGCCUGUGUUCCAGGUCAGACCGUUGCCGUCCCAGCAUGCUGUGGUGUUAUUUAAUGGCAGUCAUACUCUGUUCUAGAUGCCCUCUGAUGGUAAGAUAAAGGUAUUGCAUUGGCCUUUGUAUACAGGCAGUAUAUACAUGUGAAAACACAUAUGGUUGUCUCUAAUGCUGCUAGGAUACAUUCCAUAUGAGAUCAUUAAAAGCAGGCACACAUCCCACAAGUCAUUUCAGUCUUUAGUUUAAUUGAAAAUACUGUUGCAUAGUCAAGUAACCUGUGUUAAUAUACUGCAAACAGCAUUCCUCAUGGGGUUUCAAAGCUGAGAAUUUCAUGCCCAGGUAUGUGCAUAAGCUCUCCCUCAGGUGAGAGCAUAGAGUAUACUGUUGUGCUGUGAGUGUAUGGCUGGUCAGGUCAAGGAGUUCAUGAAGUCAGCACUGAUGAUUUCUGCAAGCAGUGAUUGUGCUUUAUUUAUGGAAGGCUGGCAGCUGUAUAGGUAAAGAAACAAUAUAGUCCUCGAGGAGGCAGGAUUUCUUCCCCCCCCCCCCCUCCAAAUCUGAUUUCCCAGCAUGUAUAGGCCUCCUAAAGGAUUGAACAUUGUUUUUUUUAUACGUGCAACUUAAAAUACUGCAUCAAGUUGUAAUCCAGGCCCUUUUGUGUUUUACAGUCUACUUCACACUAAUAUAAAUGUUUCAUAUUUGUAAUGAGUCAGGGGGCACCAUUACAUUACCUCACUAGGAUGCUUAGAACAUACCUGCCAAUCAGUGCACUGGACCCUUCUCAGCACAGCAAUAGUGACCGCAAAACCAUUUCUAGCUUGUGUAAACUAUCCUGCUUCGAACAAUCCCAUUUUGCAUUUUAAACCCAAACUUUGAAAUGACAGCGACCAGGUUUUGAAGAUAAGGGCCAAUGCCAGAUUAAUUUAUCCCUAAGAUUAGUUUUCAUGUCUUUGCACAAUUGUGGCAAAGCACCGGAUCAGCCUGCAAUUGUAAUUAUAAUCUAGACAACACUGUCCCUAUAAUGUGCCGAGUGACUGGGCAAGUUUACAGUAUUCUCAGGUGCUGCAAAUGCCAUAGACAAGUCUCGUUUCUGCACUGUCUGCCUGCUGCAUAUGCCACCCAUUUCUUCAUAUCCACCUCUGACCAUUUUGGUCUUGUUACGGUUCCACCGAAUUGCACUAGAACAUAUCACAAUGUCUGUACAUAAUCAAUAUUCAUGUUUAUAUGCAUAUAAUAAAACACAGAUCUAUUUA